AUGGCCCUACAAACCCUCCUCCGCGCAACCGCAUUCCGCAGUCCCCUCCUCCGCACCGUAGUCCCCACAGUCGCCCUGGCGUACGGCAUCCAAACCGCCGUAGCCAUCCCUUCCAUCGCUGCCGAAACUGAGCAGUAUUACGAUUUAUCAGGAAGCUUGACAUAUCUUUCUUGCACGGCGUUGUCGCUGGCGCUGCCGUACCUGCGAGCGCGCAGCGCAGGAAACUUCGCGGGAGGGCUGAGCGAGUAUUUGAGCGCGACUGGGCCAGGGCAGGCUGGGUGGUGGUGGAGACAUGUGGUGCUGAGUGCUGGGGUUGGGAUAUGGGCUACGCGACUGGGAUCCUACCUUUUCGCCCGCAUAACCAGCGACGGCCACGACUCCCGCUUCGACCGCAUCCGCAGCGCGCCCUCGAAAUUCUACGUCGCCUUCUUCGCACAAGCGACCUGGGUCUCGCUCUGCCUCCUCCCCGUCAUGCUAACAAACUCGCUGCCCCGCUCCGCUUUCGCGCUCUCGAGGCUGCAGAACGUCGCUCCGGCCGCUAUCCCGCAACCCGUCUCCGCGAACCCUUACUGGACCGACAUCCUCGGCGUCUCGCUGUUCCUCUUCGGCUUCAUUUUCGAGGUCCUGGCUGAUCGCCAGAAAUCUCAAUGGUCCAAGGAGAAGAAAGAGAAAAAGCAUUCCGAGGAGUUUUUGACCCGGGGACUGUGGUCCAAGUCGAGGCAUCCUAAUUACUUUGGUGAGAUUACGCUUUGGACUGGUAUCGCGGUCGCCGCUGGCGGGCUGCUCGUAAGGGGUCCAGCGCAGGCUGGAUUGGGCUUGGGCGGUGGUAUCUUGGGGAAGGCGACUGUUUUGGGCAUGUGUGCGGCGAGUCCUGGGUUUGUUACGUUCUUGUUGACCAAGAUCAGUGGGAUCCCGUUGAGCGAGGGCAAGUACGAUAAGAAGUAUGGCGAUAGGAAGGAUUAUCAAAAGUGGAAGAGGGAGACGCCAGUGCUUGUGCCUAAGCUGUUCUAA